AUUAGAUUCAAUUCUAUCGUUCCUUUCUUUCACUUUAUUGCAGAGAUUUACGACGCCGCUCGAACGCGCGGGGCAGCUGGGCCGGGGGAAACGCACAUAGACGGUCGUUGGAUUAAUCGAUACGCGGUAGACAGCAACACUAUAGUCGGAGCACAUAGAAACGUGACCCGCAACCACCGAAAAACCCCUCCUCGCACGUACGGAGGGGGAUCAUUAUACACGGUUGGUUGGAACACACAACGAGCGAGCAACACGUAGACGAGCGUCAUCGUUAAAAAAAAGAAAAACAAUUGAUACGCCGCCGCUCACCUACACAACAGAUGGAAGAGGGAAUACAUCAGCUGAGUGUUACGAUCGAGCACGCCUCCUUACGCAGCAAUGGGUUCCUCAAGCCAAAUCCGUACGUGGAGAUUUCCAUCGACAAUAAAAGCACCCGCAAGACCGAUUUCCUAAAGAACACAAACGCGCCCAAAUGGAACGAACGCUUCACGGUGAUCGUGUCGGCCAACUCGGUGCUGCACUUCCGGGUGCUGGACCACUCGAGCUUUCGGAAGGACUCGGUGCUCGGCCAGCAGACGGUCUACCUGGCCAACAUCCUCGAGCACUACAACGGCGUGCUGGAAAAUUUGGAACUGAGCAUGGACCUGCUGACGGAUGGUUCCGGUGGCUCCAAGGCAACCCACGAGCCACGACAGCCGACGAAAACCGGCGAACUGGUGACCGUGCUGAAUGGGUUGAAGAUUGAUAUGCGCACGGUGGCAUUGAGAGCGGGCGGCAGCAGUAGCAGCAGCGUUGGGCUCAACAACAGCCAUGGCAAUGACGUUGCCGGUGCACACACCAACGGUAACGGGCAGCUCCACCCCGCCCUAAUGGACAUGCCCGGCACGAGUAGUGGAAUUGGCAGCAACCGAAGUAGCAUUCUAAACGGCGGCAUCCGUGCACGUAUGCGACUACGUGGGUCUUCGUCACAGUCCCAGUCUCAGCUGCAGGCUCCUUCCAGUGCUUCAUCUUCGUCUACACAGUACCAACAGCCACAUCAUUCCCCUUCGUCGGUAAAUCACGCCAAUAGCAGCAAUAAUUCGGCAGCGGAUUGCGGAUCGAUUAACAACGUCACCGCCAACUUCAAUGACCUAAACAUACAUUCCUCUGGGACGGCGGCUGCUACAUCUGCGGUAGGUCCCAUGGGUAACGGUGUGGCGAUGCCUAUGGUCGGAGGAACAUCUCCGAUGGGCCCUGGAGCAUCUUCUACCGGUGCUGUUCGUCGAAGUAGUGGCAUGAAUUGGGAUCAACAACAACAACAGCAAGCUCAAGCGAUGCAUUCCAUGGCCGCGGGACAUCCACGGCUAGGUCCGGUAUAUUCUAAUUCAUCGCAAGAUUCCUUGAUCAAUGGAGUUCCUAACGGUGCCAAUCAUGGACAAGCUCAACCCGUUAUGAGCGGAGCUUUGGUACCUGUGAAUGGUCAAGUGUCAGCAGCGGGAGCACCUGGUGCACUGGUUCCAGUAGGAGGAAGUCUAACCGACCAGCAGAUGAUGUUGCAAGCGGCGCAACAAAAUCAAGUUGAUGACGAACCUCUACCUGCGGGUUGGGAAAUGCGUGUCGACAAGUAUGGCCGUCGAUACUAUGUGGAUCACAACACCAGAUCCACGUAUUGGGAAAAGCCACAACCACUUCCGGCUGGCUGGGAAAUGCGACGGGAUGCGCGGGGCCGAGUGUACUACGUGGAUCACAAUACCAGGACGACAACCUGGCAGCGACCGAACAGUGAACGCCUAAUGCACUUCCAGCACUGGCAAGGCCAACGGCAACACAUCAUAUCGCAAGGCAAUCAACGGUUCCUGUAUCCUCAACAUGCUCAACAAUCGAACACCACGCCAGUGCAGGAAGAGGAUGACGGGCUGGGUCCUCUUCCUGAUGGCUGGGAGAAACGAGUUCAACCGGAUAACCGCGUUUACUUUGUCAACCACAAGAACCGUACGACACAAUGGGAAGACCCUCGAACGCAGGGUCAGGAAGUCAACAUGCUUGCCGAGGGUCCGCUUCCGCCAGGAUGGGAAAUCCGUUACACCGCAACUGGGGAGAGAUUCUUCGUAGACCACAAUAACAGGAAAACAACUUUCGAAGAUCCUCGCCCGGGUGCUCCGAAGGGAGGCAAAGGAGUCUACGGAGUUCCUCGCGCUUAUGAGCGAUCGUUCCGAUGGAAGCUCAGCCAAUUCCGGUACCUGUGUCAGAGUAAUGCCCUUGCAUCUCAUAUCAAGAUCACUCUAACCCGACAAACAUUGUUCGAGGAUUCCUAUCACCAAAUCAUGCGGCUACCUGCGUACGAACUCCGACGAAGAUUGUACAUUAUCUUCCGAGGGGAGGAAGGCCUGGACUAUGGUGGCGUCUCGCGGGAAUGGUUCUUCCUGCUGUCCCAUGAAGUUCUCAAUCCGAUGUACUGCUUGUUCGAAUACGCCAACAAGAACAACUACAGUCUGCAGAUCAACCCCGCCAGUUACGUAAAUCCGGACCACCUUCAGUAUUUCAAAUUUAUCGGCCGGUUUAUCGCCAUGGCCCUGUACCACGGACGGUUCAUCUAUUCCGGUUUUACGAUGCCGUUCUACAAGCGGAUGCUGAACAAAAAGCUAACUACCAAAGAUAUCGAAUCGAUCGAUCCGGAGUUUUACAACUCGCUCAUCUGGGUGCGGGACAACAACAUUGACGAGUGCGGGCUGGAAUUGUGGUUCAGUGUGGACUUUGAGGUGCUGGGGCAAAUCAUCCAUCACGAGCUAAAGGAGGAAGGCGACAAGGAACGCGUUACGGAAGAAAACAAAGAGGAGUACAUUUCGCUCAUGACGGAGUGGCGAAUGACGAGAGGUAUCGAAGAGCAAACCAAAACCUUCCUGGACGGUUUCAACGAGGUGGUGCCUUUGGAGUGGUUGAAGUACUUUGACGAGCGAGAGCUGGAGCUGAUGCUUUGCGGCAUGCAGGAGAUCGACGUCGACGACUGGCAGCGUAAUUCGAUCUACCGGCAUUACAACCGUAACAGCAAGCAAGUCGUGUGGUUCUGGCAGUUUGUGCGGGAAACAGACAACGAAAAGCGAGCUCGACUGCUACAGUUCGUCACCGGAACGUGCCGUGUGCCGGUCGGUGGAUUUGCCGAACUGAUGGGUUCCAACGGGCCCCAGCGGUUCUGCAUCGAAAAGGUCGGAAAGGACACGUGGCUACCUCGGUCACACACCUGCUUCAACCGGUUGGACCUGCCACCGUACAAGAGCUAUGAUCAGUUGGUCGAGAAGCUCAACUAUGCAAUCGAAGAGACGGAAGGUUUCGGGCAGGAGUAAAGCGGUCUUCUCGGUGAGAUGCGUGAAGGAUUUGUUGUUGCGGAAGUGAGAUGCAUGAAAUCUACGGUGAUACGAAGUUUGCAAACAGAAUUGACUAGAGCAACGCGGUAUUUUUUAUUAUUUAAGUUGGAAACUUGUUAUGUUCUCGUUUAUUUGUAAAAUGUGAUUUUAUCAUACUUAGCAUAUUGUUCGACCACAGUUUUGAUAAAGAAAUGCUUUAUUCUAAUGUCGCAUCAAUCGACAUUAUUCAAUUGUAAAUAAGUUAGGAAACAAAAUUGAUGAAAUCCGUUUAGUUUUACCCUUGAUCCAAAUAUCGUGAUAAAUGGAAAUGUGGUGGAGAACACAUUGUAAUAUAUUUAAGAGUUUUUGUAUAUAAGAUAAAGAAAAUAGGCCUAGCAAAAUUAGACAAAAGUUUAAACGAAGUACCGUCAGUAAAAGAAACCACAAUAAAACUUGUUGUCUAUGAUAAUGGUAAAACCGUACUAGCGAAAAUAGUUUAUUCCAGUAGCUUCAAUGGGCGUUCAAUUUUACCAGUCAAUGAAUAAAUCAUCCACCCACAGAACAAUAGAUUUCAAUCUGCAGUUUUACCUUCCUCUUCAGUUCGGUACCUUGUGCGCGUAAAACGUUUUCUUGUGUGAGAAAGACAAAAUAUAAAGAGGAGCAACGUCGGGGCCAUGUUAGAAAUUACCUAAUUGUUGGAUGAACACCAUGGAACAUUGUCUGUAAUUACUUGUCUAACAACUGAACAAAAAAAAAUCAUACAUACACAAUAGCUAACAUCUUGGAAAACAGAAACUUAAUCAACGCAUUCGAAAUGCAGUUUGAAACCAAUAAAACAGUUUUAUCAAAAUCCAGGAAAAUGAGCAAAUUUCAAUUCUUUCAAUAAGUUGAAGGCUAAUAUUUGUAACGCAAAUUCCAAGAUCAUUUCCCUUUAGUUCUCAAAACAUCGAUAUUCUGAAAUCGAUCUCAGUAAAACAAAUUGCUGAAAAUCCUGCAGAUUAUGUGACGUAGAUAAUGAGAUAUGAAAUCUUGGUACCAAUACCAACGUAAAAUUGUCAUGGUUUGGUAAAUUUGUUACCUGCUGUGUUCUCGGCAAUGUGUUCACUGAGAUCGAUAUCAGAAAUCGGGUGGGUAGAGUCUUCGUUGAUAGUUUUGUUAACACCACAUUUUUUUGUAUUAUAUUUUGUCUUUAGCGAAAUGUCUAGGCUGAUUUUUUUAGUGUACAUAUUUGAUAUUCUGAUAUGAAGGAUGGUUUAUCGAUGAAAUAUGUUAUUUUCUGUUUUACAAAUAAAGAACAAUAUCAGCAACA